UGUUGUGGAGAGGUUGUGAGUGAUGACAUAAGAUGUUAGAUGAUUAUGGAUCAUUGUUCGACCGAGGCCGAGAUAUACGUCGAUAUAAAAGUGGUGGUUUCUUCACCACAUUUUGAUACUGUUUAAUACUGUUAAUACUCUUAUACUCUUAAUACUCUUCACUCACUAUCACAAUGUCAACUGUAAUUGCCUCCGGUGUCUAUGUGCCCGCUCCGACGUUCUUCGUUCGCAAGUCAGACGAGGAGUACGAUGAAUUUGCACCUGCGCUCGACCUCGACACGCAGCUUCGACACACAAUCUUUCUCGCCAAAGCAGGAAUUCGCGGAGUAGUUCUUCUUGGGUCAACCGGUGAAGCUGUUCAUGUCACUCGUGAAGAGCGCAAACAGCUCCUCCGCCAUAUCCGCAAAGGACUCGACGCUGCCGGAUUCACGGACUUUGCCGUCAUCGCGGGCACGGCCACCAACAGCACCGUCGAGACCGUCGAGCUGAUCAAAGAGUGUGCGGAGAGCGGUGCCUCUACCGCACUCGUCCUUGCUCCUUCGUACUUUGCCGGCUGCGUUAGUCAGGAAGGUCUUAUCAAAUGGUACACUCUCGUCGCAGACCGCUCGCCGAUCCCGAUCAUGAUCUACUACUAUCCCGGAGUAUCAAACAACAUCGCGAUCAGCCCGCAGACCUUCCUCACUCUUGCCGAGCAUCCAAACAUCGUCGGCACAAAGCUCUCACACGGAAACAUCUCGCACCACGCCAUCAUCGCCGGCAGCCCUGUCGUCAAGCAGCAGAAGCAGUUCAAGGUCUUCACGGGACUUGGCCAGCAGCUCUUUCCCGCCCUCGCAGUCGGCUGCGCAGGCGCAAUCGAUGGUCUCGCCGCCAUCUUCCCGCGCUCGGUCGUGAAGCUGUAUGAGCUUGCGACGAGCGACCACUACGCCGAGGCCGCGGACCUGCAGUACGCCAUCUCCUGCGCCGAGGAGAUGAUUGUCGAACAGGGCACCGUCGGCAUCAAAGAGGCCGUCUCGCGCGUUCUCGGCUUUGGCGACCCCGACGGCUGCCGUCCACCGCUGUCCUCAAAAGUCCUGCAAGGAGCUGCCUGGAACGAGAGAUAUGGGGAUGCGUUUGCGGCGAUGGCCGACCUCGAGCGUAGUUGGUGAUUACGUUAGCACUUAGUAAUAAAUCAGGUGACGUCAUCAGGUGACUGCAGCAGCAGCACGUGCUUGAUGCUCAUCAGUGGCUUGGAACUUUGUUUGCGA